AUGCCACGGGUAUGUUCUCUCCAGUCUAUCUUUCCUAUGGGGUUCGUUGCUCUCACUUGACUCGGUCACGCUCACCUCUACGCGCCUCCUCUUGGCCAGCGUCACGAACAGGUCUCGCUCAACCCAGUCCAGCGGUUGGCGAUCCGGGUCGCCGUCGCCGUCGUAACCUGCUUUGCAUUCAAAUGGCUGAUAUGGGACUCCAAGGUGUGCAUAAGAUCGUGCUACCCCAUCCUUAGCGAUGAUCAGCUUCGCCCUUCUUCCGCGGAGACCCGUCUUGCUCACUCUCGCGAUCUCGUUUCGUCCCCGAACUAGCCUACAACCCCUUAUGGCGAAGUCGCUCAUCCAGCCAUCCUCGAACGGAUAACACUUGGAUCCCCCUUAUCCGGACAACCGCUCGAUACCAAAAAAUACCCUUUCCUGCAGAGUCGCAUCAACCGCGACGAAAGCCCUGACAUCUUCGACACCGACAUCGCAACGGGCAUCAACGAUUUUUGGAACCGAUUCCAGAGACCCUUCGCGACGAACGCCGAUACGAUGCAUCUCGAUGAACAAGUGCUGCGAGGUGCGGUCGACGAGCUGUUGGGCUUCAACGGAUGGGCCGCAGCGGCUUGUGCCUCGCUGACCCGUCCGUUCGGUAACAAGGAAGACGACGAUUGGAGCGACCUUGCCGGCCAGGGCAAGCUGUACUACUUUGCUCUAAUCGUCCAUGGUGCAGAUCACUUCGUCGUCGAUCAGCUCGCGGUGAUUGUGCAGCUGUCUAAACAGCUCGGCGCGGGCUCCAUCUUUGUCUCGCUCGUCGACUACGCCUCGUCGGACUCGACCCCGUUCCUGUGCGACAUCGCCGAAGCCAUCUUUCUCCUCUUGGGUAUCUCGUACCGGAUCCGACAAGUCCCCGCGAUGACGCAAGAUCCGGCAACAGCUUACUACCCUCUCGAAGAGGCUUACACGCGUAACCUCGCGCUCGAACCCCUGAUCGAACUUUGGGAACGUCGCAAGGUCAAGUUCAGUCGCGUGAUUUGGCUCAAGGGUUUCACCUGCCCCAACGACCUCUUGGAGACGAUCCGCGUCUCCGAGAUCAACGAAGCUGCGAUGGUCUGCUCGAUGGACUGGAAGGAACACAACGGUUUCUUCAUCUACAACGAUCGUUGGCGUACGCGCGACAUGGACGGCAACUUGUUUCGAGGCUCGAAAUCGACCUCCCCGAUCGACGAGGCCCCACCUCGCGAUGCGUACGGUGGAGCAAGGUACACGUUGCAUCUCCCGUUCCAAGUCUUUUGUUGCGAAUCGGGUUCGCACGUCGUCGAUCCUCAUCAAUCCUACUACCAUGGCGUGACGUACCAAUCUUCCGUUCAAGGCGUGUUCAACACUACUUCGGCCUCGGAUGGUAAAGCCCCUCCCAAAUGGUCCGAAGGGCCCUGUAUGGAUUCAUCGCAAUUGCAUUUCUGUCGCGACAUGUGGAUGGUAGCAUUCCGGGACGGGAUCAAGGAGGAAGCCAAACGAAUUGCGCACGACCAAAAGAUUGGGAAAGCGAGAAAGGUGCAUCCUUUCAUGCAGGAGUUGAUCGCGGCAGCAACGACGUCUUAUUCCCCUACGACGAAUGAUAAAGUCGGGUACGCUAAUUCGGGGGAUUAUCUGGUGGAUGAGACGAGGGCGUCUCCGGAUGGCAAGUCGAAGGCUUCAACGGAAGGAGGGGAAGGGGAUGAGGAAGACGAUGAAGAGUUCGAUGAGGAGGGAGACGCUGCGGAUGCGGAGAUGGGUCUCGAACCGGAACCUUAUGACGCGGACGAAGGUGGCAAGGGGAGACCGAUCGAUUUGGCGGUCAAGAUUGAGGAUGAAGAAGGGGCCGCUUUGGCCGCGGCGGCCGACGUCUCCGUCGCUGAUGGGGAGACGUCGUCGGAUGCCGCACCACCGCCGCCGCCACCACCACCACCACCGGCGGGAGAGGGAGAAGCAGGACCAGUAGCAGCAGCACCGGUCGAGGUGCGAGCCAAGCACAAGCGCUCCGUUUCGAUCCCUUCCGAAGCGCACAAGAAGCGGAAGCUCUCGAAACGCCGCCCCAAGUCACUCCCUAACGCUGAAUUCGAGUACGCCGUCGCGCGCAUCCUCGUCAACCCACGCUGUGUAACGACCUACGCCGGUGUUUCCCACAUCCAACUGGCUUUGGAUCUGUUCGGUACAGGUGAGGACAAGGAACCGCAGAUGAAGAAGAAUGCGCAGUAUGUCUUGGACGAGUGGAGGACCCCACCGGAGAGCUUCACGUGUCAGGAGAUGAGGACCACGGGGGGGAGGACGGCACCGAAGCAGCAGAGGAGGACGGGGUUCCAACAGGCGAGGUUGUUGUUGAAUGGGUGGAGACCGACGUAG